GAGGAAAGCGUUCUCCACACAGACAGACAAGGGAGGCGAAGGAUGGGAGAGCGCGUGCCUAUCGACGGCAAGACCGUGUGUGUGACGGGCGCCAAUGGAUUCGUCGCCUCGGAACUCACAAGGCAGCUCCUCGAAAAGGGUCAGGCACGGAAUACAAUACGCAAAGCGCUGCAUUCGCUCAUCUAUGUGUGUGCGUGCAGGUUGCACAGUGCGUGGGACAGUUCGCGGCGUGGACGACAAGGAGAAGAUGGCGCACCUGAUUCAGCUGCAGGAGAAGUUCCCGGGCAAGCUGCACCUCUUCGAGGGAGAUGCACUCAUCGCAGGCAAGCACAGCACAGCACAGUACGAGAGCCCGCCAGUGCAGUGCCUUUCCACGGGCCUGUGUGACUGAUCCCUCGGUCCUACCAGGCACUUUCGACAAGGCCUUCGAGGGGUGCGAGGUCAUCUUCCACGUGGCGUCGGUCAUCAAGCCGCGGCCCGGGCAGCCUGACUUCAUCGAGACGGUCUGCAAGGUGGCCGACGACACGUUUGCGAGCGUCGAGAAGCACAAGCAGACCAUCAAGCGGAUCAUCGUGACCUGCUCGUUCGCCUCCAUCUCUGGGUUCGCGCCUGGCGAGAAGCCGGGCGGGGGGAGGAAGCUCUUCAAUGAGGAGGACCGCAACAGCACAUCCACACCUGACAACGCCGCUUUCAUGUACGCCAGGGUAGGUGAGCUGACCACUGCACGCACGCGCACGACAGACAGACACGGACACAGACUAUCCACGCGCAUCGCAUUCAAUGCACCCAUGUGUGUGUGUCAGAUGUUGGCGGAGGACAAGUCGUGGGACUAUGCCAAGAAGCUCGGUGUGGAGAUGGUCAGCCUUCAUCUGACCAACGUGUGGGGCCCGCCGCUGUCGCCGCUGGCCGGCGGGCUGUCGGUCAAGUUCAUCAAGAUGCUCAUGGACCGCAGCGGCCGCGGCAUGCCCUAUGCCGUCAUCCAUGGCGACGUCAGGACCGUCGGUGAGGCGCACAUCGCCGCUGCGGAGGUCAAGAAGGCGGCCGGCCAGCGAUAUAUCAUUAGCGACACUGACAUCGGUGAGUGAGCAGAGGGAGGCGUCUGGUUGUGGUGUGUUGGGAUGUGUUGUGUUAUGUGUGGUUGGUUGGUGCAGUGCCGCCCAAGGUGGUGGUUGACAUAGUGCAGAAGGCCUUCCCCGAGUACGAGAUCACACCCCCGCCGUGCGACAUGGUCGAGACCGAGCCAUUCCUCGACAACAGCAAGUAGACAUCCCAUCCCAUCCCGCCAUGCUGUUCUCUCAGUCUAUGUGUGCACCUUUGUGUGAUGUGAUUGAUGUCUGUGUGUCUCCUGCAGGUUUCAGAGGGACCUUGGCGUGAAGCCCUACCCGCUGGAGAAGACCAUCGUCGACAUGGCCAAGCGGGUGGUGGAGCUCGGUGUGGUCGACCCCAUCAAGAAGGGCGAGCCGCCCAACCCACCCGCACCAAUGCCCUACCCCGGCAGACCUGCCAAGACCGCUCGAGACCUCCUGUGGCUGCCCGAUGUGUGAUCGACCGGGAUGGCAGCCCUGCUGCACAACUGCUUUGUUUGCGCUUGGGGAGGGGGGCUUCGGCGGGGGGGUGGUUGCAGCUGAGGGGCAAGAUUUUUCACCUGGGAGCGUACACGUGCGUGUCGCGUCUUUUUUAUGUUGUGGGAAGGGGUCAUCUUCUUCCUGUAAGGCUUACGUAAUUACUUGUUUGGUUUGGUGUGUUCAGUCGCUGUGUCUUGUCGUCCGUCGGUGGGGCGGGGGAUGGCCGUGUAGAUGGCUGGAUCGAUCCGUGUGUGUGUGUCAGUGCCAGUGAGAGCAUGCAGGGCGUCUCUACGCGACGGGCGUAGCUUACUUUAUCCGUGUGUGUGUGUCCCGUGUAUGUAUCGACUAGCGGAGGGUUGCUUUCUUCGCCAGAGGGUGCGGCACCUUGGUAAGGAAUGCUGCACCAAGUGGUAGAGUGAGGCGAGCGAGACAAGGGAGGGAGCGGACACUAGACAGACCUGUCGAUGGAUGGAUGGAUGGAUGGGUGGAGACACGUCGUGGGUCAAGAGAUUGCUGGCCGCCUGCCGUGCAAACAUCACGCAUUCAUUAAUCUGCAC